UCUGAUAAAAAUUUUUUUCUCUCGACCAUGGUUCAUUUAUAAGUUAGACUGCGUGAGAAAAGGCAAACUUCCAAAAUUAGAUAAUAAAGAUGAGCGAAGCAAAAACAUCGUAGAAUAAUUUAGUUACAGGACCGAGCUGUAAAAGUGUUAAAAAUUAUGAUGAUGCCACCUGCAUGGUAUGGAAAUUUUAUUCAGGUAUGUAUAUUUAUCACAAUGAACGCAGGAAUAAUCCGUUCAGGUAUUGUGAAUCAGGUUAAUUAAAAUCGAAAUGUUUUUAUAACCGACGUAAACGCGGCAACAAUAUCCAAGCUACGAAUUUACUGUGAAUUCAUUUAAUUAACGUUGCAAAUACAAAGUUAUCGCUUUCGGCAACCUCUUUGAAAGAUCAGCCAUAUGGCGGCAGAGAACGCAGGUUACAAAGAGUUAUCGGAGGAACAACCGACUGUACGGAUAGCGUUGGAAGGUGAUCACGACCAAACGUUAACUAGAUUGAGCACAUUCUCUGCUGAUAUGGAGACAAACAAAGGCUAUACUCCUGAUAUGUACCCUGCUGGUAAUCAGGAACAAGGCAUACAGUUGACAAAUUAUAAUUCCAAUACGAAGGUAGAUAACAGCGAAGAUAAUGACUUAGGAGAAUAUGUGGAACCAGAAAACAGCGUGAACCGCGGUAAUGAUCACUCUGUUGUUGUUGAAACAAAACACGAAGGAGAAACACCAAGUGAGGAAGGUGAAAAGCGUGAUACGUGGGGAAACAAGGCAGAGUUUCUCUUGGCGUCCAUCGGACUGGCAGUGGGCUUAGGAAAUGUCUGGCGGUUUCCUUACCUUUGUCAGAGAAACGGAGGAGGUGCAUUUCUUAUCCCGUAUUUCAUUUUCAUGUUCAUCGAAGGCAUUCCCUUGAUGUUACUUGAGUUCGCCAUAGGCCAAAAAAUGCGAAGCACGGCAGUUCGAAUAUGGAAAGAUAUCCACCCAGCGUUGUUUGGAGUUGGUAUUGGCAGUUUGAUGGUCUCUCUUUUGCUGUGUUUGUACUACGUGAUUGUCAUUGCAUGGUGCUUGUUAUAUCUUUUCAUUUCGAUGACCAAAAAUUUGCCAUGGGCUUCUGAGGAAGUUUGUUCCAGAAACUCGGAAUACAAUGUAUUGAAAGAUAUUCGUGAUAACUGGGAACGGAACUAUACUUCUUUACCUUUGAACGAUUCAUACAGGAGCCACUCUGAAGAUAUGUUCGAUCUAGCAAAGCAGAAAGUUAACCAAUUUAACGAUUGUUGUGUCAUCGAUCCACCUCAGUGGUAUUUUUACACUGAAGUUUUGGACAUCUCGACUGAAAUCGAAGAUUAUGGCGAUGGCCUGAACGGGAAGCUGGUUGGUUGUUUGAUAUUGGCAUGGGUUAUUGUUUAUCUCUGCAUUGUCAAAGGAAUAAAAUCCAGUGGAAAGGUUGUUUAUUUCACAGCAACAUUUCCUUAUAUCAUUCUGAUCGUGCUACUUAUCCGUGGUGUGACAUUGGAAGGAGCUGAAAAGGGACUGGAGACGUUCAUUACACCGGAUUGGGAAAGACUGAAAGAUGUCAAGGUUUGGAAAGAUGCAGCCACUCAAAUGUUCUUCACAUUGAGUUUGGCCUUUGGCGCUCUGAUCGCGUUUGCGAGUUAUAUGCCAUACAAAAAUCAUUGUAUCCAUGAUGGUUAUGCAGUGGUACUUAUUAAUUGUUCUACUUCAAUAUUCGCUGGUGUUGUUGUGUUCUCCAUUCUCGGUUACAGAGAAGUAAAAACCAACAUUUCAGCUAAAGAUGUUGGUAGUGGACCUGGCUUGGCCUUCAUGGCAUUUUCCGACGCCCUUUUACAGUUGGACGUGUCCCCCUUGUGGGCAAUAUUAUUCUUUAUUAUGUUGAUUUUACUUGGUAUCGAUAGUGAAUUUGGCACACUUGAGGCAGUAAUGGGACCUCUUAUAGAGCUGGGAGCUUUUCCUAAGAAAAUGAGGAAAGAAGUAGCUACUGCUAUUGUCGCUAUUGUUCUCUUGAUUAUUGGCUUGGGCAUGGUCACUGCGAACGGCUUUUACGUCUUCCAGAUUUUUGACGACUACGGAGCUGGAAUUGCUCUGCUGGUCAUUGCCUUAUUCCAGUGUAUUGGUAUAGCGUGGAUAUACGGAAACGAAAGAUUUGCUGACGAUAUCGAGGAAAUGACAGGAAGUAGACCAUGGAUCGGAUGGAGAAUUUGUUGGAAAUAUAUUUCUCCCCUUGCGUUGUUCCUUGUCUUAGUGGCUACUGUUUACGAUCUGGCUGAAGGCACAGCAAAGUAUCAGGCAUUUGUAGGAUGCGAACAGGAUCCUUUCAGCGACAAAUAUCCUGGAAGCAAAGCAUGGACGACAGGUCUGGAAUAUCCUGGAUGGGGGCAAUUCUUAUGUGCCUUGAUGGUCCUAAUUCCAACUGCACCUAUAAUCUUCUUCAUUAUUUACCGGUCUGGUGUAUAGACACUCUUAUAAUUAUGUAAUCAAUAAACCUCAUGCAUUUAUUGUUUUAUAAAUAGCCUCAUAUACUAUUACUCGCUACUGCAUUGUAUAGAAAUUGUGGUGUGACAGUUUUCUCCACCAAAACCUUAGCUCUUCAUAGACGCAUUCAGGUUUGCUAAGUUUUCAAACCGUCUUUAUAUCGACUUUUUCUGUAAUUAUUUUGUAAAAUUAUAAUUUCAUAACUUUUUAAGAUGCUGUAAUCAGUUUUUGAAAUAAAGCACAUAACUUUGCACAAA